GAUUGUAGCCUCUGCAUGAUUUAUUCUGCAGGUCGUGGUUGUGGUGGCAGGUUGUUCAACUAUGGUGGGGUGUUCACCAGCCCAAUGUACCCUGUCAACUAUCGUAACAGUUCACAUUGCCGCUGGGAUGUGUCAGUGCCUGUUGGAACCCAGCCUGUCCUAAAGUUCACAGUGUUUGACAUUGGACCACAGAGCACAUGUGACUCAGACUUUGUGGAGCUGUAUGACGUGGACACCGAGACCAAUGCGGAGACAUUCAUGGCAAAAUAUUGUGGAGAGGUGAGUGGGGGCAUUACUUGUUUAUAUUUACUAACAUUCUCAUCACAUGUCAACAAGGGAAAAUAGAAUCAAUACUUUCUGGCACUGUGGCAAUGAACGACAAUUUACGUAGGAGGUUGUAACAGGAUGAAGUCAUUUGGAAGAUCACAACAUUCAGGAUUUUCAUGUGGAUAGAUGACACCUUGCUCAGUUCGGUAAGUACACGGUUAUUCAUAAUUCCCUGACCCCUGUGGUGAAUUCUUCAUAAGUGUCUGCGGGUUAAGCCGUACAGGCUGCAGUUACUGCAGGC